AUGCUGACGACACCCUCACGGCUUUUCAAAUUGAUCAUUCCUUUAACAACCAUUGGUACCCAGGGCCACGAUAAAGAAAUUGAACCCAUAGCUAUCCUCGUCCACCCCCAACAGCCACUAUCAUAUCUAGAGCGACUGAUCCAAUCCGAACUGCCACCAAUUAAAGGCGAAACCGACAAGCUACGCCCACCAGCCAUAUCAUUCAUCGCCCUCCAGCAUGAUGACAACGCAAUCAAGCCCAAAAAGCGAAUCGAGGACGAAAUAGACCUCGACUCAAACCAAAACAAAGACAAAGACUACGUCCCCGGCAACGAUGGCCUCGGCGGCAGCAAACCCCUCGGCGGCAGACCCACUCAACACCGCCGGUCUCGCCAGGAAGACGUUGAAACAUACAGCUAUCCACGGAAUACAAGCGGCGAUCACAAAGACGGCGAACCAGAGCGCUUCGUGCGCUGGUCCCAGGCCACAGAAGUGGGCGACUUUAUUCGGGACGCAGCGCGGGCGCGCGAGUUCAUUGUCACGAUUGAAGGCGCGCCUUCGGGCCUGAACCAGAUUCGUGUCGCGGUGCCGUCGUUCAAUGAACGGACUUACUACCUGCGCAUGAGACUGCGCAAGCUAUCGCGACGUAUCCAGACGAUGGCAAAUGUUAAGGAAGAGUGCGAUGCGCUGGCGCAUCGGGGUGCGCAGCGGGUUGCGAUUGGUGGGUUUGGGAUUCUUGCCAUCUGGUGGUUGACGGUAUACCGGUUGACGUUUGAGACUGACCUGGGAUGGGAUACUAUGGAGCCCGUGACGUAUCUGGUCAGUUUGUCUACGUUGAUGGGGGGUUAUUUGUGGUUUUUAUAUCACAAUCGGGAGAUUUCGUAUAAGUCAGCGCUGGAUUUCACGAUUAGCACGAGACAGAAGAAGCUGUAUCAGUUGCAUAACGUGGAUUUGCAGAUGUGGGAGACUUUGAUCGAUGAGGGGAACUCGCUAAGGAGGGAGAUCAAGAAUAUCGCUGCGGAGUAUGAUGCUGAGUGGAAUGAAAGGGCUGAUGAGCAGGAUAAACGUGUGACGGAGGUUCUGAGGUCGGAACGUCGACAGAAGCAGGAGAAGAACCGGGACUCAGAUGAUAAGGACAGUGAGGACGAGGACUGA